UCAUUAGCAGGUGAUACUACUUCAUCAUCAGAUACACUCGUACUCUCAACGCCAACAUAAUCACAAUGCCAGGUCAAGUCAUCGAAGAGAACGAGAUCAUAGAGAAGCUUGUGGAAGAUGUACCAUUAGUGGAAGACGUGAAGGAGGAUGAUCAUCACGACUCUGACUCUGACUCCGAAUCCGACGACAAGGAAGAUGCCACUCAAGGUGGAAGUGAAAGCUCAAAACAGAGCAGAAGUGAGAAGAAGAGUCGCAAAGCAAUGUUAAAGCUUGGUAUGAAACCUGUGACUGGUGUUAGCAGGGUCACUAUUAAGAGAACAAAAAAUAUAUUGUUUUUCAUCUCAAAGCCUGAUGUCUUCAAAAGCCCAAAUUCUGAGACUUAUAUCAUAUUUGGAGAAGCCAAGAUAGAAGAUUUAAGCUCUCAGUUGCAAACACAGGCUGCCCAACAGUUUAAGAUGCCAGACAUGGGAUCUGUUACGACAAAGUCAGACCCACCUGCUCUAAGUCAAAUUGAUGAGGAAGAGGAAGAAGAAGAGAUUGAUGAAACUGAUGUGAAUGCCCGUGAUAUUGAACUGGUAAUGACACAAGCAGGAGUGUCAAGAAACAAGGCUGUUAAGGCUCUCAAGACUAAUGAUGGUGACAUUGUCAGUGCCAUUAUGGAACUCACUACUUAAGUAAGAUUUUGGUGUUCUUGAUUAGCAAUAAGUCUUCAAUGAUGCCUUUUGAAUUCAUGAACCUGUCUAUUCUAAUUAUCAAGGGUUGUUGCGUGGUUAACUUUUGCUUUUCUUAUUUUGUUGGAUAUCAAACAAAAAGGCUUAUUCUGAAAUUUAAUUUGAUUAGCCUUCGUAUUCCCAAA